CGUCUGUGUGUGUGUGCGCGCGUGCCAGUCCGAGAGAGAAGCCACACCAUAAUGAAGUCUUUAGUGUUCGGUGCCAAACGGACACAGUGGCCUGUUGAGCAAACCGCCCUGUUUGACAGCUAGGAUUCAAAAUGAUUCAUGUUUCUUUUGUUAAUUGAAGAUAAUUUCAGUUUACAUUAAAUUUGCAUAUGUUAGUUAUUUAGUCUGUCGGGACGCUGUGGCUCAUAUUCAGCACCUUGCUAGCUUAGCUAAUGCUAUGCAUCCACUGAGAGGUACCCGGAUAUCUGCCUGACACUGCUAUCACUAUGGCCGUGACUCAGUUUCGUCUGUUUAAGAUCUGCACAUGCAUAGCAUCCAUCCUGUCAUUCUUUAAAAGGCUCAUAUGCAGAACUGGGAGAUCACGCAAGCGAAGUGGUGAUCAGAUCACGCUCCCUACUACGGUUGAUUUUUCCUCUGUACCCAAACAGCCAGAGAUUGAGGAGUGGAGUUCAUGGGAUGAAGAGGCCCCUACGAGUAUAAAGAUUGAGGGAGGUAAUGGAGCUGUUCCAUCCCAGCAGAACCAAGUGGAGAAUGAAGAGCCAGAUUAUUUCAAAGACAUGGCUCCUACUAUCAGGAAAACACAAAAAAUUGUCUUGAAGAAAAGGGAGCCAAUGAAUUUCUCUCUCCCUGAUACCAGUACAGGAUUCUCAAGCAGAUUGGCAGCCACUCAGGAUAUGUCCUUUAUCCAGCCUUCAGCAGAGCUGGGAGACCUGGAAACCUGGCAGGAGGACACUAAUGCCUGGGAAGAUGAGUCUGAUGCUUCGUGGGAGGCAGAAGAAGUGUUAAGACAGCAGAAGAUGGCAGAGAGGGAGAAGCGUGCCAUGGAACAGCAGAGGAAGAAGAUGGAGAAAGAGGCACAGAGAAUGUUGAAGAAGGAGCAAAAGAUGGCAGUAAAGCUUUCCUAACAUUUCUACGCAACACUGGACAUUAAAAAAAAAAACCCCGCAAAUGAUCCUCCACCAGUAUCUUUCAUCAGUUUUUAUUCCCAGUUCAACAUGCCAUUGUUUUCAUGUCUUCAGCCAUCUUUUUUUUCCCUAAAGUUUUACUGAUUUUCCUGUGUUUUUCUUUUAUUGUAUAGAAUCCAGUGUACCUUUUAUUGAAAUCAUUUGUCCAAUGCCAUCAGCUGACAAAGCCAGUAGUACACAUACAGAAGGAGCUGGGGCUUUAGUGUGUUUGUAUUUAUAUAAAAAAAAUUGACUGUAAAGAGAAUGAGGAUAUUUUAUGCCUCAUUAAAAAAUAUUUUUUGCAUUAAUUAAUGCAACCCCUUAUGAUUCCAGAAACCCAGUGAUUAGCUCCAUCAACCUUUUUUUCCAUGAUUUUCACAAUGACUGCAGGAAGAGGCCUUACCAAGUGGCAUGUACUUAAAAACAAACAAAAAAAAAAGUAGAAUGGGGUCCGAAGUGCACCUUCCACCAGAACAAAGGUCACCUGAGAGUAAAAUAUAUAUAUAAAAAAAAGCAUCCCUGAAAAGAAGAAAGCAUUAUGUGCAUGGUUUUUUGAAAAUGGUGUGUAUGUGGGAUGGAAUGAAGGACUGAAGCCAGUGUUUCAUGUGAUGUGGGUGGUAAACCGUUGGUCGUCAUGGAAACAUGGCAGUUUUUGAAAGCCUGGAGUGUCAUCAAAGCACCUCAUGUCUUAUCUGUCUUAAAUUUAACAGCAGUCAUUGCAAUAGCAUAUAAAGCACCAGAUACUAUUUAACCCAUGCCAUAUGUAGCACAUUUAGGUUUUUGGCAGCAGUUCUGUAUGUUUGAAACCUGUACCUUUUUUCUGUUUGUCUUCUUUUUUUUUACCCACAUGGAUUAUUUGAUGCAGGGUAGACCAAUGACAUCUCGAUUGAUAUUCAAAGCUUUACUAAGGUGAUGGGGUGGAUGUGGAUAUCAUGUGCAUGCAGUAAUGAUAAAGGGUCAUUGUCAUGAGUUUUUGGGUGCAGGUAAUAAUUUAAAAUGAUUAUUUUAUUAAAACAACGUUUCAGGGGAUAAAGAAUUCCAAAUGUCCAAGACGAGUGCUUUUAUUUAUUUAUUCUUUGCAGUUGGAACUGGUAUAAACAACAGGAACUUAUGACCACCAAUUAACAUCAUGCACCAAAUGCAUGUGCAUAACAAAACAAAGCUAGUGGCAGCCAUUUUCAAUUUGGAAUCAUGUCAUUCGAUUUAUAUUGGAAAAAUUAAAAUACAGACUCAUUGUGCUAUUUUGAUGCAGAUGGUUAUACAUAGCCCACUAAUAUUGUUUCAGUAUUGUUCAGUGAGGAUCAGCUCGAGUCUAAUUGGUGAUCUUAGGCUUUCGUUUCUUGUUGGUUACAUUUGCGCAAAGCUCCAAGUACAAAACUAAAACAGCAAAUUUUGGACACCAAAUGUCUUGGCUGAGGUAUGUUGGAAAUUUAUGUAAAUGAGAUUUUUCCCCCAAGCCAUCCUUUUAAGUUGUGUCCCAGUAGACAUGAAAGUUUCUCCGAAGAUUUACAGCACAAGCAUCAUGAUUACAUUCUGGAGACAACGUUCAAAGGGCAGCUCUGCAGUACAUUUGGGAAAUCAGGCCUAGGCAAUGAAUGAGACAUGAGCCUGUCAUUUCACAACCAUUGUUCCCAUUUUGUGCACACAUUCAUUUUUUCCCUGUAAUAAAUGUUUGGAUUUGUAAAAAAAAAAAAAAAAGAAAAAAAGAUGUGAUUACUGGAUUUAACAAAGCCAUACUGUUUUAUAAGAUGUAUGUGCAGGUGUAGAUAUAGCACUGUCUCUGUGAAUCAGAUCUGCAAAUGGAAUUAGAAGCAUGUUUCAUUUGUUUUUUGCCGAGUCAUUUGCUAAUUAGACACUCAAACAGGCUAUAUGUUAAUGUCAUAAAUCCUCACAGUGCACUAGGCUUUAAUAUCAUGGCUGAACACCGUGUGAAGAGAUGCCCUGUUAAAUGAUUUAACACUUGUGCAUUUUCAGAGCUUAUACAAGGUCGUGUUGUUCUGACUAGUGGAAUAUUCCAGCCCUGAGAAGGAUGUCGUAAUCUCCCAUCUGUUUCUGCAGCGCCCCCAGCCCACAGCCUGACCCACUUUGAUAUUAAAGCAGUUUUUUUUUUCAUUCUGGACGACAGGAUGGUGCGUGUCAAUUCAUAAAAUGAUUUUUGUACCUCAUUUGAAUGGCAGGAAAGAGCAUUAUUGCAAGUAGAAGACCUUUAUUUUAUCAAGAUCAAUUUACCCUUUCAAAAUGGAGGAGCUCUGUUAAGGAUUAUAUGCAGCCCCUCAGACAAUGUACUCAUUUUAUAUAUAUAUCAUCUAUAAAUCUUUAUUUGCACUUAUAUCCCUAAGCAAAGUUAUAACAUAUCAGUUAAUUUCAGUAAACACUUUAUUCUUGUCAGGACAAACGAGUAUGUGGAGUCUAUCCUGGGAACAAUGGACAUGAGGUAAAAAUACAACCUGGAUGGGAUGCUAGUCCAUCAAGGGGCCUGUUCACGCCCACGCACAUGAACACAAUGGUGUUUCUUGGACUUCGGAGCAACCAGAAAACUGAGAAAAACACUGCACAGGAGCACCACACAAAAAGUAACUUGACCUCCGAAUCAAACCAUGGACCCUGGAGCUGCAGCACCACCAUGCCACGUGUUUUCUACACAUAUUGUAUCAUUUUAAGAUCAAAGCAUGAUUUGUUCCCAAAUUUUACAUGUGCAUACAUUUUGGGUCAUGUUUUAAAUGUGGCUUAAAACAAUCUGCCUUCGGUUUUAUGGACUAAGCAGACAAAAAAAAGCUGCAUUCUUAGCUCAGGCUUUACUGCUGUUUUUGCCUUCUGCCUUUGGCUAAAGUCACAAAAUUGGAGUGUUCCUUGCACUGUAUCACUUCUGUCAGAUUGUCACCUUUUUGGCUUAACCCUGACUGCAAGGGUAAAUGGUUGACAUCACAGCACUGAUUGGACUGUCUGCAGAUGAGUCAUGAGCCAGAGCAGCUUUUAUUUAAGCUUACUUUUUAAUGCUCGCUGAAUAUGAGGUCCAGCUUACACAACAGUUGCACCCCAUCUGGCAGCCUACGUCAUGCCUUGUGUAAGAUUGUCCAGAUAACUGACUGAGCCAGUUGCCUGUUUGUGAUAUGGUAGGAUUGCAUCCAACAUUUAUGAAAAGAUAAUGCUCAUGCUUUGUUAUGCAAAAUGUUUGCUUUAUCACUGUGUGUGUGUAGGAUUGAACAUUAGCAGCUCUGCCCAAGGGAACAUCUCUUUUACUUUAAAAUGUAGUUUCUAAAUGUAGCUGUCCAGCUUCUUUAUAUGUUGCCUAUAUAAACUUAUUUUCAUCAACAAGAUACCA